UGGAUAGGAUUUACACGUCACCUCUCUCACACAAUUGCAAUUUUCCAGUCAAAUAAACUCUAACACACACCCUUUCUAUUUGCAUCUAUAUAUAUCUUACAUCAAUACCUCAUUCUUCUCAUUCAUUAUCAUAUUUUCAAUAUACACCUUAUUCUUGCUAAGUGUUACUUAAACAAAGAUUUGAAGCAAAGAUUUUGAGCUAACUAGAGGAAAAAAUGUUGGGAAUUUUCAAGGAAAAGUUGGUUAAUGCACCAAAGGAGCUUAAUAGUCCAGUUUCUAAUUCACAUAUUAAGGCUAAACCAAGUCAUGAAAUUCUUAAAGAUUUCAUGUCAUGUAAUCCCUCCAAUGCAUUUUUCAUGACCUUUGGUAAUGAUGCUUUAAUUGCUUAUUCACCUUCAAACAAGCCCUCGAUUUAUCAAAGGCAGUUUAGUGGUUUGGACAACAUAUAUUGUGCUUUUAUGGGUAAUCUGCAUAACCUUAGUAAAUUGAACAAACAAUAUGGGUUAUCAAAGGGAGGCAAUGAAGCCAUGUUUAUCAUUGAGGCGUAUCGGACGCUUCGCGACAGGGGUCCAUAUCCAGCUGAUCAAGUUCUUAAAGAACUUGAAGGAAGUUUUGGAUUUGUGAUUUAUGACAAUAAGGAUGGAACAGUUUUUGCUGCAUCUGGUUCUGAUGGCAAUAUUGGACUCUAUUGGGGUAUUGCAGCUGAUGGAUCAGUUGUUAUUUCUGAAAAUUUGGAGCUUGUAAAAGCAAGUUGUGCUAAAUCAUUUGCACCAUUCCCAGCUGGGUGUCUGUUUCAUAGUGAGCAUGGUUUAUUGAACUUUGAACAUCCAACCAAGAAGAUGAAAGCAAUGCCUAGGAUUGACAGUGAGGGUGUUAUGUGUGGAGCCAACUUCAAUGUUGAUUCUCAGUCAAGGAAUCAAAUGAUGCCACGUGUUGGAAGUGAAGCUAAUUGGUCUACUUGGGGAUAGACAUGACAAAUUUCAUUUCAUCAUAAUAUCAUAAUACUACUAAUUAUCUAAGUUUCUUUGUUAUGUUUGCCAAGAGCAACUUAAUAUAAAUCCGGAGUAGCUUCUUUGCCUUUAGCCCUUUUGGGACUGUUGUUUGGUUUCAGUGUUUUGUACAUAUUUGUGCUAUGAUGUUGAGCUUGACUCAUAAUUUCCAAUAUGAAUAACAAGUUUUUAGUGUUGAAUUAUGAAUUUUAGUGUCUUCUUUGCUUC